UUCUUGUUGCGUAUACUUUUUUGUUUUUAUCCCCCCCUUCCAUCUCCUACUCGCGCUCCCCGAGAGCGAAGCGCGCUCGGAGCUGUGCCCGCUGCACAGUCGUGGUUCGUUCGGGAGAGCAGCCGCGACGCCAUGUCGCCGGAGUCUACGCACGCCGCCCGCUCUCGGCCAUCAUGAGCAAAGUGAAGACACUGCCGGCGGGACACUUGUACGCAUCGCAGCCGGCGCCCCACCAUCAUCACCAGCACCUUGCCCUGGGCCAUGAUGCGGGCUCUCCUUACAAGCGGGCUGGGCCCCUGAGUCCCCCUUUGGCUGGCACACGGGGCUACCCUUACCCACAGGACCCGACCCGCGCACACUUUUCGCCCCUGCUCAACUCGACCCAGCAGAGCUACCGCGAUGCCUUCCAGCUGCAGGCAGAGCGGCAACACCAGCAGCAGCAACAACAGCAGCAACAACAGCAACAGCAGCAUCAUCAGCACCAGCAACAGCAGCAGCAACAGCAGCACCAACAGCAGCAGCAGCAGCAACAGGAGUUCAUUUUGGAACGCUACCGAGAAUCCGAGCCACAGCAUGUGCGGCGGAGACCUUCUCUGCUCCCGACGCCUGCAGAAUACGCCGCCAACCAGGCUGAGCGGGAACGGUACUUGGAGGCAUACCGGUUCCCUCAGUACGAACAGCGCGACCUGGGCGGGGGUCUGGUGGGCCUGGUGGGAGGUCCCCCCGGGGGCUCGGCAGCGGCUGCCGCGGCCGCAGCAGCGGGGGCGGCGAGCGGUCUUGUCGAACCACUUGAGGUUGUUCACCUGAACAAGAGGCCUCGGUUGGCCCUGCAGCAGCCCUUGCUCAUCGACACCUCCUCGCCGCACCACCAUCAGCACCCAUCGUCGUCGUCAUCGCACCUUUCGUCUCAGCACCACCUGAUGGGUGUGGAAGUGAAGAAGGAGCCCGCCGCGUAUGUGCCCCAGACCGAAGCCAUCUCUCCCACUCUGCCUGGGGAGGACGGCCGGCCCCCGCUCUCGCCCCAGGGCAGGUCCUCCAAGGAUGACUUGCUCAGUGCCAUCAACAGGAUAGACCGGGAGAUUGCGCAGGUCGAGUCGCAGACUAACAAGCUCAGGAAAAAGCAGCAAGAGCUCGAAGCCAACAACCCUGCUGACAGUAAAAAGGACACGCAGGAGACAGCACCCAUUGAACCCAAGCAGCUGAGUGUUGCCCAGGUCGUCUACUCUGAAAAUAGGAAAAAAGCACAACUUGCCCAUGCCACUCUCGAUAAUCUAGGCCCGAAAGUGGAUUUGCCAAUGUACAAUCAACCUUCUGACACUGCCAUAUACCAUGAAAACAAGAAAAAAUUCCACGAAUUUAGGAAAAGUUUGAUGAUAUAUUUUAAAAGAAGAGCACAAGAACGAGAAGCAAGGGAAAAAUACUUAACGGAUACUUAUAAUCAGCUCAUGCAGGCAUGGCUGAAAAAAAUGGACAAGAGGGAAAACAACGCUGCACGAAAAGCCAAGGACCAGAAGCAGCGUGAAUUCUUUGAGAAGCAGUUUCCCGAGCUGAAGAAGCAGCGGGAGGACCGGGAGCGUUUCUCGCGGGCAGGCCAGCGGGUGCGCAGUGAAGCCGAAUUGGAGGAGAUCAUGGACGGGCUCCAGGAGCAGGAGAACGAGGAUCGCAAGAUGCGCAGCUACGCAGUGGUGCCACCGAUCCUGGUGGACGUGCGAUCGCGGCGUCCACGCUACCUGAACCGCAACAGCCUGGUGGAGGACCUGUCGGCCGAGUACAAAGACCGCCAGUUGAACAACAUCUGGACCGAGCAGGAGAAGGAGAUCUUCCGGGAGAAGUACCUCCAGCACCCCAAGAACUUCGGCGUCAUCGCCUCCCACCUGGAGAGGAAGAGUGUAGCAGAUUGCGUCCAGUAUUACUACCUGACCAAAAAAAGUGAGAACUACAAGCAGCUGCUGCGGAAGCACAACGUCAAGAAACGCACAAGAGCCAUGGUGAAGGCUCCCGUUCCACCUGCCUCUCAGCCCCAACCGGUGACGAGCUCAUUGCCUGUGCGCAACCCUCUGCCCUCGAGCAGCGCUGGCAGCACCACCACCGCCACCUCCACGACCACCACGACCGCUGCCAGUUCUGUGACAGCCACCAGCACGACUAGCACGACGACGACCACGGUUACGGCAACAUCUAGCGCCACUACGGCCACGGCGGCGACCACCAUUACCACCGCCGCCGCCCCUGCCACCACUACAACUGCAGCCGCCACUGCUUCUGCGAUGGAAGGCAGUGGCCAAAGUGAAGACAAAGCUGCACCAACCUUGGCGGCAGCGUCGCGAGGCGGGUCUCCAUGCCAGGCGUCCGCCGCCACGCCGCCUCCAUCGCAGCAGCCUCAGGCCAAUGGUCCCAUUGGCGAGGAAGCCAGCAAGCCACCGUGCAUUGUGGACACCAUUAAUGGUUUGAAGACGCCUCUAUUGGAGAAAGUUCCCGAAGCCAGUAUAGCCUCUUCAAUGGAGAAUAAAGACCGAGGAGGGGAAACUGGACCGCCGUGCAUGGUGUGCCGCUCCCGCCUGGAGAAGAGUGGCCAGUGGCGACCCCUAACCAAGGCAAACUGUCACAUGUAUGGUCUCAAGGACACGGACCUGGUGCCGGAUGCUCGCGUUUGCGUCAGCUGCCGGUUCAAAACCGUGCGCCAGCGAUACGUCCAGUGCCCGAUACCAACGUGCAAAACACCCAAGCGCAAGAUGAAGAGGUUACGGCCACUACCAGCAAAGUGGACAGAGUUGGAUAACGACCUCAAGGAGUCUAUUAGCAAGGAACUGCAGAUCCCAGCGGGGAUUCAGAAGUGCUGCUCGGCGUGCUUCAACAGGAUAACGAGAAAGCUGGACCCUCAUCCUCCGUCGGAGGAUGGCGGGGACAGCUCCCGGUGGACCGAGGAAGAGAUGGAGAUGGCCAAGCGGGGCCUUCGGGAGUACGGUACGGACUGGCCGGCCGUGGCAUCGGUCGUCCAGAGCAAGUCCAAGGAGCAGUGCCGAAACUUCUACUUCAACUACAAACGCAAGCUGGGGCUCGACGAGAUAGUGCGGACGUUCCGCGAGGCUCAAGGCGGUAAGGACGAUGGCAAGCGGCAAGUGAGUGAUGACGAAGACAGCGGCGAGACGACGACAAGCUGCGAGGAGGACAAUGGGGCAGAUCACUGUAGUAGCGACACGGCAAGUGCCUGCAGUCCAUCGGGCAAGCAGAUGGACGAAGUUUCAGGCUGGGAGUGCGACAAGCCAAUACCUAUUCGACCAACGCUAGCCGUGUCAUCGGCACCACCUCACCACGGAGACAUGACUCCCAAGGGACCGGCGGAUCUAAACAAUGGCCUCGAGGCGUCCGCCGACUACGACAGCAGUGCGACAGUCAGUGCCGACGAGGGCCAGGGGGCGCCCGAGGCAGAAGGGUCAUCGAGGCACCACCGGAGCGGCGGUCCAGCUGAUGUAAAAGAAGCUAGCCACGAGGGUGCCACCUGCAUGCGCGACCUGAUCUUCCAGGCCAUCGAAAUGACCCUGCAGUACUCUAUGAAGCCUGGCCGCAAUGGACCACCGACCAAGGAAUGCUCCCCUGAAGGGCCCGCACCUCCGCCUUCCUCCUCUACCGUUGCUCCAGAACCAGUGCCCCGGUCCUCGUCGUACCACCUGGCCAGCGCUCCCAACAGUCUAGCGCAUGCAGAGGGCCUCGUGGCGCAGUUUCCCCACGUCCCCCACGUGGCUUAUGAGGUGCAAGACCUGAGCAAGAAGUCAUCACGGGAGCCCAGUCCACCUCGGGAACUUCGUCGCGAGAAGCUGCCACCAGCACCCUUUGCUACGGCCUACUCGGCACAGUCCUAUAUAGCGGCAGCCCAGCCACCCCCUGCACACUCGAACCACCUGCGGAGAACGCCUGAUCCCUCGCCUCAAGUUCUGUAUGCACAGCGAUCGUACGGGCCGCCAGAGCGGCCACCGCCACACCUCGUGGCACAGUCGCUUGCACCACGCAGCCUCACAAAGCCUGGAAAGAGUUCUGUUCCCCCACCACCCCCGUUGGUGGCAGCCAGCAAGCCACCACUAUCACCCAAGCUCAUGUUCAAAGAAAGCAAGCCAUCCGGUUCAAUCACCCAGGGAACGCCGCUGAACCAACCUGCGGUGGGAAGCUUUCAACCAACCCGCUAUGAGGGGCUUCUGCGACAGACACCACCACAGGGCAAGGAGCCAUCGUCCGCCGGUUCGAUCACACUGGGCACGCCAGUGCCAUCCGAAGGUCCUGAGUCGCGUGCCUAUGACCCGGCAGAGCAGUACUACAGAGCUGCUGCCGCUGCUGCUGCUGCUGCUGCUCCUGGUGGAUUCCAGGGCCCAUUCCAUCCACCAACAUCUGCCAGCGGAGGUGGUUACUCUUCGUCGCCUGGUUUCCGGCCUAAGUACUCGAGUGAAUCUCAGCUGAGCAGCAACCAGAUCAUGAUCGACUUCAACACUUCAAAGCAGAUGCAGAUGCGUCGCGGCUCGUCGGUGACUGCUCGAGCUUCGCCGCAGGCGCGUGACUCGAGCCCUGCACCAGCACUGCACCCAGUGUACCAGGUGCCAGCAUACUAUGGCACACAAGGAGCACCUCCACCACCAGUGUUCCUGCAGCAUGCACCAUCCGCCGCCGUGGAGCGACCGCCUCCAGCCGACACUUCACCCGGUGGCUGGGCCGGCCCUGGCAAGCCUUUGGCACUGCACCAGGGAACAGCCGGUGGGACACCUCCUUCAUCGGCAGCCACUUCCCGGCAGAAUGUCAUCCGCAGUGUGCCAUGGAGCACGGGGCCCAAGAGCGUAAUCCAAGCGCCCAAGGCAGGCUCGCCACGUGCGGAACUCGAGAGCCCCAGUGGGCGGCGUGUCCAGUCACCGCGUGGUGGUGGGCAGCCGUAUGCUGUUGUGUCACCCUCAAGCCACGACCCAUUCACAACAUUGGUCAAUGCAGCCGCCGCGCAGCCGAGUCUCGCCGUGCCCAAGGAGGACCAGAAAACUCGUGAAAGGCCCGCCGUUGAGGGCCUCGAGAAGUCGCUGCUGGAGAUGCAUCAGCGGCCACGGCAGUUUAUAGGUGGUGACAUGCCGCCGCCGUCAGACUUCCGUGGGGAAGCUGAACGAGCAGCUAUGCGUGCUGCAGCCGAGGAGCAACGCUAUCUCGACUCCCGCCGGGGUGUGGAGCCUGCGGAUAUCAGGCAGCCGUUGCGACUCCCACGUGGGGAUGCUUUUACGCGAGAGCAGUUCGAGCGCGAGAUGCGCCAGCAGACACCCAAGGAACACCAGCCCAAGUACCUGAGCCGAACGCAGCAGCAGGCAGAGCUGGACAAUGAGGCAUCGCGCAUCUUUUCUCAGUCUUUCCAAAAGGAUAGCCCGAAGCCGCAGCCACAGGGCAUCACGGCUGCAAACCUCAUCGAUGCCAUUAUCACGCACCAGAUCAACCAGAGCACGGAACCAAAGCAGAACCCAGCGGGUGCCAUGGACACGAUACUGUCGCGGUAUGGUGAGCCUAAGGGGGCGUCACUGCCGCCGCGGCUCAAGGCACCGCCCUCUCGUGAUGAGGUUGUCACCAUUGAUGACGGGCCCCCUGAGCGGGGCCCGCCCCGCAUGGAGCCUGAGAAGGUCAUUACGCUCAACCAGCACAUCGCAGCCAUCAUCUCCAAGAACAUCUGCAACCCUAGUGACGGCGGUGGCAGUGGGCCUUUGUAUGGCCGAAUGCCCGAUGUGGUGCCAUCAGAGCGCAUGUCGCACGGUGGCUACACACCUUCGUCUGAACUAAUGACUGCACCUCCACGAACGCCCCCGGAGGGGGCUGACAACGGUCACCCACCGCCACAGACUUACCACAGCUGGAAGCUGCGUAAGGCGCUGCAGUCGGAGAAAGAGGAGCGCAGCCUCAUCCGAAACCCACAGCAGCAUCAGCAGCAGGGCCCCUACGUGGAGCCCAUCUCCCCACCUGGCCAGCCCUCUCCGGGUCCCCCCGAGUGGUCCCCAGCUAUGCCGCCCAGGUCGUCGGCAGACGGCGUCUCCUACCUGCGGCCUUCUCCCCAGCAUCAGCAACAGCAGCAUGUAGGCCUGUCGGCACUCGACUAUGUUAAGAACCGAAUUGUCGAGGUCAUGCGAACUACAGACGAACCUCCUACGCACAAGGGUGGCCGUGGCAGCGCCCAUGACCAGCCACCCGAGCGGCCACUUAGCGAGGGUGGGCACCCGGGUCACCCAAGUCCGUCGACGGGUCCGCCGAGGCCAGCGUCUGCCAUCGAGGCUGGCCACCCAGAUUGGCGCGGCGGCAAGUUCCGUCCCAGGUCGGUGUCGCCCUCGGGCCCUCCCGGCCGACCCGCACCGCCGCACCACCACCAGCAGCAGCACCACGACGAUGGGCGGCGUGGCGAGCUUGAACCCGUGUCACCGCCACGCGACAGUCGCUUCUACUCUGCACCGCACCCGCCACCCCCGCAGGCAUUCCCAACGACGUAUGCGUACCCAUUCUCGGCGCUAUCAGUGCGAUCCAUGGCCGUGGCUCCGAGCAACCCCGUGGGAAGUGGCGGUAGUGGAGGGCCCUCGUCACUGGCGAUGGCCCCGGUCGCCCCGACCUCCUCAUCUUCCUCCUCUUCGGCUGCUGUGCCGUCUUCUUCCUCUUCGGUGCUGCUCUCGUCCCAGUAUGAACCUUUGUCAGACGAGGACUGACACACUGUGAACACACGCGAGUGUUGUGCCGCUUGCCUCCACACGGACCGCUCACUGCCUCAUCUUUCUCGGUUCUUCUCAGCUCAAGUUUGUUCUGCCACGGCGAAAACAAUUCCCUGCCCGCCGCCCCCGGGGUGUGGGGAAGUUGUGUACAAAGGGGGAGAGAAAAAAAAGGAGAAUUUGUAUACUGUUGUGGGCACACAUGCACGCAAGCGCGCGCCUUUAUUUUCUUUCCUGGACUUUCACCCUGUGGGACACAGGCAACGUCAAUGGUGUGGGUGAGGAGGGGUAAAGAACUCUUCCGAUGCGUCCUUUGUACUUUAUUUUGCCUCGCGCAAGCGUGCUCUCUUGUACAUUGUCUUUCUUUGUUCAUUGUUUCUAAAUCCCCUGUUUCUUUUUUUUUCUUGCGUGGGCGAGAAUUGUAAAUAUAGGGUUCGGAGAAUACGAGCCUCCCUGUGCGCACACUAAGGCCAUUAUUUUAAGAACCGCGUUCAUUCACAGAACAGUUCCCGAGUGCAGAUGUUUCACGUGCAAAGUGUAAUUGUCUUGUUACCUCUGUUUUUUUUUUUUUUUUUUCUGAGAGAGAAAAAAAGUACCUUUAUCAUGCGACAUCGUGUGUGUCUGGAAUCACUUAGUGGUUGUGCAUCGGACAUCACUUCCGUGGUCAUUGCGGUUGAGGACAUUUUUAAAACUACUUGUUCUGCUUUUUCUUUUUGUUAGGAUAUAUAUAUUUCGUUAAAUUGGUAUGAUGGACUGCUCUACAAAUAAUGUUAAGUUGUGAUGCUGCAGGAACAAAAACAUAAAGACUAUUAAAACUGCCAUCCGUUACGUUCAUGGAAA